GACCAAUCUGUAGUGACUCUGCAGUAGCAUUGGGCAUUGGACAUUGGAUUCGGUAGGGUAGUCGAAUAAGACGCGGGCCCGCCUCCGAUGUUCCGGAAACGCAGAAAUUGGUCGCUGCACACUUGCACAGGCGCCGCCGAUUUCGUCGCUCCACACAUCCCACUUUCGUCCCAACUCAGCAUCUUGGUUCCGGUCUAAUCCAGUCCACCACUGCUACCACGACCACUUUCACCUUUGGACAGAGCGAUUCCACCGCAUUCGAGGCGCGAAUCCUCUCCUUUAAUUCUCUGGGUCCAUCAGUCGUACGAACAAACAGCCUUCUCCUUCUGUCUGUUGCCUCGCACACUAGUCGUGUGGCACGUCUCACAAAAGAUACCCCAGUGGAGGGUUGGCGACCCCAGUUUGACCGUCGCCAUUCUUUUUUUUUUUUUCCCGCACCUCUCAAACAUAGUGCCCCUCAUCCCGCUGUGUCUUUCUGAGUAGAGUCACAUUCACUCAUACCCGAAACGAGCCACUUUCGGCUUCGCGCAGAGCCAUUGAGGCAUCAUGAGCAGUCAAUCGAUAGGGAACACCUCCAGCAAUGGCUGGGUGGUACAAAAAUUCGGUGGCACCAGUGUCGGAAAGUUUCCUGACAAGAUCGCUACGGAUAUUGUCCGGGCGAGUCUUUCAAAGAACAAGGUUGUCGUCGUCUGCUCGGCGAGAAGCACAGGCAAGAAGGUCGAGGGCACCACCAGCCGGCUUCUUGGUGUUUUUAAUAAGCUCAAGGGCAUUGCUGCCCCCACGAGCGCCGAAGAGGCGCAAAAUGAACUCAUGAACCAGGCGAAUGGCCUGAUUGACGACAUCUGCAAAGACCAUGUUUCAGCAGUCAAGACUUUCCUAACCAACCCGGAACUGCAGGCAUCUCUGGAGCAGGAGAUUCGUGACGAGUGCCAGGAGCUGGUCGAGUACAUUGUAGCGGCCAGAAGAUUCAACCUCGAAGUGAACUCAAGGUCCAAGGACCGUUGCAUCAGCUUUGGAGAGAAACUCAGCUGCAGAUUUAUGGCCGCGCUAUUGAAGGACCUGGGUGUCGCAGCAGAAUAUGUGGAUCUGAGCGACGCGUUCCACUAUGACGCCACUGGUCGUUUGGACCAGAGCUUCUAUCAAGAGGCCGCUGCCGUGCUGCGGAAAAAGAUCACUGCCUGCGAGGACCGGGUUCCCGUGAUUACUGGCUUCUUUGGGAACGUCCCGGGCAGUCUGAUUGACGGCGACAUUGGCCGAGGAUACACUGAUCUCUGCGCGGCGCUAUGCGCUGUCGGUCUCAAGGCUGAUGAGCUUCAGGUGUGGAAGGAGGUUGACGGAAUCUUCACCGCCGACCCGACAAAGGUCCCUACAGCACGCCUGCUGCACUCCAUCACACCGUCCGAGGCUGCGGAGCUGACGUUCUACGGCUCCGAGGUCAUCCACCACUUGACCAUGGACCAGGUCAUCCACGCCUCUCCCCCUAUCCCCAUCCGCAUUAAGAACGUCAAGAACCCUAGAGGGGUUGGCACCAUCGUCGUUCCCGAUCCUGUACUCACGGCCGGCCACCAGAUUCAGCGGUCGCAGCCAUCGGAUCCCUCGUUGAUCCAGAAGCCGAAGCGGCCGACGGCUGUCACGAUCAAGGACAAGAUCUCCGUCAUUAACGUGCACUCAAACAAGCGAUCCAUCUCCCACGGUUUCUUCGCCAAGGUGUUCUCUAUCCUCGACAGCAACCAGAUCUCCGUCGAUCUUAUCUCCACCAGUGAGGUCCAUGUGUCCAUGGCUAUCCACGCCGGCAACUCGGAGGGUAGCAGCUUUGACAAAGCGCGUCUUGAGUUGGAGGAUUGCGGCGAUGUCAGCGUGCUUCACGACAUGGCCAUUCUGAGUCUAGUUGGUGCGGAGAUGAAGAACAUGAUUGGUAUUGCCGGACGUAUGUUCUCCACGCUCGGCGAGCACAAUGUCAACCUGGAAAUGAUUUCACAGGGUGCCAGCGAGAUCAACAUCUCUUGUGUUAUCGACGCUCGCGAUGCCACCCGCGCCAUGAACAUUCUGCACACGAAUUUGUUCACUUUCCUCGACUAGACAAUGAGCGUAUCGCCUGACAGCUGUGCGCUGUUCAUCUUGUGCAUUGCAUAGAAAUUCGACUUCAAGACCAGAAAUCAUAUUGCUUUUCGCUCAUCUGUAUGGUCAUUUGGAACGGAGCACGAAAUUGCACACUGGAGCAAGGGGAAAAGGGGUCAAUAAUGAAGAGCAUAGGCUGAAGAAGUGCGUCUUGCUCAGAUUUAGCUUGACGCACAUGUUAAAUUA